CUUGAAGGACAAGAAAUCAAAUCACCCCCAAAUUUUCAAUUCAUCAUCCUUCCAAAACCCUACAAUUUCAAUUUCAUUUCAUUUCAUCCGGUUCGAUCCGUUUAUCUGCAUGCUCAUCGAUCAAUGUGGAUCAAGAUAAAGAUAUACGCAUGAUAAAUACUUAAAUACAUACAAUUUCAGGUUUUGUUGAAUUUCAUAUAGUGUAUAGCUUCUUAAAGUAAACAUGGUGAAGUUGACGAUGAUUGCGCGUGUUACCGAUGGCCUUCCGCUAGCUGAAGGAUUAGACGACGGGCGUGAUCUGCAGGAUGCAGAGUUUUAUAAACAGCAAGUUAAGGCCUUGUUUAAGAAUCUUUCAAGAGGACAAAACGAAGCUUCACGGAUGUCUGUGGAAACCGGCCCCUACAUUUUUCACUAUAUUAUUGAAGGGCGGGUGUGUUAUUUAACUAUGUGUGAUCGAGCUUAUCCAAAGAAGCUUGCUUUUCAAUAUCUUGAAGAUCUUAAGAAUGAAUUUGAGCGUGGUUAUGGGAAUCAAAUCGAAACUGCUGCAAGACCCUAUGCUUUUAUAAAAUUUGAUACAUUUAUACAGAGGACUAAGAAACUGUACCAGGACACUAGAACUCAAAGGAAUAUUGCUAAGUUGAAUGAUGAGCUGUAUGAAGUACACCAAAUAAUGACUCGUAACGUGCAGGAAGUUCUUGGUGUUGGCGAAAAGUUGGACCAGGUCAGUCAAAUGUCAAGCCGAUUAACCUCGGAGUCUCGCGUCUAUGCUGACAAAGCUAGAGAUCUAAAUCGUCAGGCAUUGAUCAGGAAGUGGGCUCCGGUUGCAAUUGUUCUUGGAGUUGUCAUUCUGCUAUUUUGGGCCAGAAAUAAGAUAUGGUGAUCAAUGAUCUGUAAUCAGUUGUUUUGUGAGGGAUUAAGAAAUUAUAAAUCAUUUGAGCCUUAAACUAGAAAAAGUUUAUAAAUUAAGGCUGAAUUUUCAGCAUAUAUAGUUGCUAGCUAUAGCCUAUAUAGAGGUGGUUAUCUAAAAGAAACCUUUGUGUUAAAGUAUUUACUUUAUCUUUGUUGGAUUUAUGGAUUAAUACAUGAGUUUGUUGUGGUGCAGUGUGAUA